AUGGGAAAAGGAAGAAUAGUGAAUUAUUCUGCCAUUGCAGCAUUUGUGUUUCUUCAAAUAAUCUCCAUUUGCAGUUCAUUGCCGCUAUCGACGAAGUCACGAUGGAUCGUGGACGACGCGAACGGGCAGCGCGUGAAGCUCGCGUGCGUGAACUGGCCCUCGCACUUGGAGCCGAUGAUCGCAGAGGGCCUAGAGAAGAAGCCGGUGAGCGAGAUAGCGCGUAAGAUAACCGCGAACGGCUUCAACUGCGUGAGGUUCACGUGGUCGACGUUCAUGUUCACGAGGCCGGAAUACGGCAGCCUCAGAGUCUCCGAAUCAUUGGGCAAGUACAAUCUGUCGGCCGCGAGAGCCGGCAUUGCUAGAAACAACCCUCAUAUUCUGAACAUGACGGUGGUCGAGCUUCACAAGGCGGUGGUGGAUGAGCUCGGGAGGAGGAAGGUGAUGGUGGUGCUCGAUAACCACAUCAGCCGCCCGGGGUGGUGCUGCAGCGACGACGACGGGAGUGGCUUCUUCGGAGAUGCUGAUUUUGACCCGGAGGAAUGGCAGCGAGGUUUGAUUGCGGUUGCCCAAGCGUAUAAGGGUAACCCUGCGGUUGUGGGUAUGAGCAUGAGGAAUGAGCUACGAGGCAAACGACAGAACGAGGCGGACUGGUACAAAUACAUGCGGAUAGGAGCCAACACAAUCAACACACAAAACCCGGAUUUCCUAGUCAUCGUCUCCGGAUUGCAGGCUGUUCAACGGAUCAAUCAAGAUUUCAAGUCGGAGCAUCCAACAUACUAUAAAAUGUUCCACCCUUUGAGUGGGCAUUGUGUGCAAAUAGUGGAGAAUGGGAUAGUUGUGGCUAACUGCAAAAAUGCAAGCAAAUGGGAGCAGCAUCAAGAUGAUGGGCCUAUCAAGCUAGUUGGGAGCCCACAGUGCUUGGGAGUGGCCGGAGACGGGGAGGCACCUCGUGUAUCGGAGGAUUGUUCGAGUAAGUGGAAGUAUGUGUCAAGUUCUGGUCUGCAUUUAGCUGCACAAGGUGGAAAUGGGGGAUAUUUGUGCUUGGAAAUGAAUGCUUCUGAUUCUAAACUUGUGACAAAGAAAUGUUUGUGCGUAGGAGAUGAUCUUGUUGAUUUAUCUACUUGUGCUGACAAUCCGCAAGCACAAUGGUUUAAGUUUAUUCCAUCAAAUAUUUGA